AUGUCCGGAAUCGUAUCGGGAGGAGCUACGCUUCUUACAGCCAUCCUUUCAUAUGACUCCCCGAAAAUCUCCUUAGGCACUAUAUGGUUCCAAAUUCCGCUGCUCUUGCUGCUUACCUGGGUGACAUGGAGGCGGCUUGUGUGGCCCAAUUUCUUUUCUCCGCUACGACAUCUACCAUCGCCUCACAACAGGGGCUGGGGAAUGAACCAACGUCUCCGAGUUUAUACCGAGCCCCGCGGAAUGCCUCAAUGUGAUUGGGUCAAUAGCAUUCCGAACAAUGGUUUGAUACGGUACAGGACCUUACUCAACUCCGACCGGCUGUUGGUGACUUCGCCUGAGGCCCUAGCGGAGGUUCUGACGACCAAAUGCUACGACUUCAAGAAGCCCAAAUGGCUUGCUAACGAACUGAAAAAGGUACUCGGUGUGGGGCUCUUGUUGGCGGAAGGAGACGAGCAUCGAGCCCAAAGGAAGAUCCUUGCGCCCGCUUUCUCUUUUCGUCACAUCAAAAACUUGUAUGGGGUGUUCUGGGAUAAAUCAUGCGAGGUGGUCACUGCCAUGACCGACCAGCUGUCUUGCAAAGAAGGGCCGAAAACCUACGGUCCGCGUGAGAGCUCCAUUGUGAAUACUGGCGUUCUUGAUAUUGCGGAGUGGUCCCAUCGAGCAACUCUUGACAUGAUUGGGAUCGCAGGUAUGGGCCGAGAUUUCGGAGCAGUUCACAACCCCAACGCGGACCUGGUCCGGGCUUAUGCAUUAGUCUUUCAGCCUUCCAAGCAAGAUAUUAUGCUGGCUGUGUUACGGCUCCUUCUACCCAAUUGGAUGGUGGAUUGGCUACCACUGAGGCGCAACGAGGAGAUCCGUUGUGCGGUCCAGAGAAUCCGCGGAGAGUGCGCCGACCUGAUCCGCCAAAAAUCCAAGCAUCAACGCAAAUAUCACACCUCACAGCAUCGAGAUAUACUCGACGUUGCACUCUCGUAUGGAGGGUUUAGCGACACUCUUCUCAUUGAUCAGCUGAUGACCUUCUUGGCUGCGGGGCACGAAACCACUGCGACGGCCAUAACCUGGGCUGUGUACUUGCUUUGUGUCCACCCCGAGGUGCAGACAGCCCUCCGGAGCGAAAUACGCGAGAAACUCCCUAGCCCCGAGGACUCUGGGAGCAACCUCACCAGCGACAAUAUUGAUACAAUGACCUACUUGAAUGCUGUGUGUGAUGAAGUCCUUCGCUACGCUGCUCCGGUGCCUCUUACGUUUCGCGAAGCGGUCAUUGAUACGAAUAUCCUAGGCCAGCCAGUCCCAAAGGGAACCAAAAUUAUACUGGUUCCUCGGGCUACCAAUCGGGAUGCCAAUCUCUGGGGCCCAGACGCGCAGCAGUUCAAACCCGACCGAUGGUUAGAAGGUGGUAUCAGAAGCAAUUACGCUACAUUAACCUUUCUCCAUGGUCCUCGAAGCUGUAUCGGGCGAUCUUUCGCAAAGGCUGAGUUUUCCAUCUUGCUGGCUGCCUUAGUGGGACGGUUUAAAUUCCAAUUGGAGGAUGACCAGCUUCUGGACGAGAAACGCAUGAAGGUCACCCGCACACGCUGCCGUUCAGAAACAGAUAGCCUUGUACAAUUACCCUUAUUGGUGGUUCCUGGCUCCUCCUUUGAUCCGAAUGCUGGCCCCACUCCUUCUGGACUGGUCUUUCCCCAAAAACAGAACGGGGGUGUCUGUUCAAGAUCAGCCUGUCAAAUGACCGACCGAUCACAACCGUUGGUUGACGAUGCGGCUUACACUCAUCACUGGUUGACACCACUGGCUGACUACGUAAGUACAUGCUUGUUAGCUACUUAG